UUGUAAUAUGAGAGGGAAAGUAUAUAAGCGGAGGGAGUGGUUCGACAAAAAAAUUCAAAUAAUAUAAUCAAAAUUUACCAGUUGAACCUCAAUGGACCAGAGAAACGGAGAACGCCGGGGAAAACCGCCGGAACUUCACCGGAACUCUCAUCCUCCGCCGGCGCCGCCGAAUUGGCCUUCCGAUGACUCCGUUGACAAUCACAGAAGAAACUUUUCCGGCGACGGCAACCACCACAAUCGCCGGCAACAUCACCAUCGGAACCCUAAUGCCGAGCUGAAUUUCAGUGGUUCACGUAAAAGGCCUAUCGAUCAAACAAAUUCUGACUCUCCUGGUUGUGGCAGUUUCGUGAAACUCUAUGUUGUAGGAGUUCCAAGACCAGCCGAAGAAGAAGAUGUUCGGUCUAUUUUUGCUGAACAUGGGCACAUUGUUGAGUAUGUUCGUCUCAUAGAUAAAAACACUCGUAUGAGGAAAGAAUGCUGUUUUGUGAAGUAUAGAACAAUAGAGGAAGCUAAUAGGGCUAUUGUAGCAUUCAAUGGUCGAUAUACUUUCCCUGGGGGCGAGUCUCCCUUAGAAGUUAGGUACGCUGAUGGGGAACGAGAACGUUGUGGAAUCUUGCCUGAAGCUGAACACAUGCAGAAACUUUUUGUUCAUGGUCUGAGAAAACAAGCUUCCAAACAGGAAAUUGAACAUGUAUUUUCUCCAUAUGGGAUUGUUGAAGAAGUAUUCUUUAUUGUUGAUGAACUAAAACAAUUCCGUGGAUGUGUUUUUGUCAGAUUUGCUUGUAGAGACAUGGCAGCUGCAGCAAUGAAUGCACUACAUGGCACCUAUGUAAAUGAAAUAUGUGAACGUCCGUUGAUUAUCCGAUUUGCUGCUCCUAAGAAGCCCAAGAUGGGAGAAUCGAGGGUGCCGUUCCAUAUGAAUGAGCGAUUCAAUGGGAAUAUGACAGCUAACCAGUCUAACUACCAGAGUCCAAAUCAGACUCCAAAUAACAAAAGCAAUCCUCACACAGUUUUCAGCACUCAUGUUGGAUCAGAUAAUGUUUUGCCAUCAGCUGCGUCUUCUAUUAAUGCAAAAUCUUUAGAUGCUGAGAUGCUGGAGUCUAUAGAUUGUGAAUGGAGUGACCAUAUCUGUCCUGACGGAAACUUAUAUUAUUAUAACUGUGUAACGUGUGAAAGCAGGUGGGAGAAGCCAGAGGAGUUUGCACUUUAUGAAAAGAAAUUAGAAGAGCUAGAUCGACAGCAAGAGGAUCAGCACAAUUUAAGACUUCCAGUCCAUAAUACUCCAGAAGUUUCUCAAAUGCGUCAGGAACUCGAAACAGCAAGUUCAACGGUUCCUAUGGCUUGCGUCUAAACGUUGCUCUUCAUUUUUGAAGUUAUUAGAACUAACGGGUCGGUUGGUAGAGUAUGAUUAAAACUACUGCAUAUAUUAGUUUCAAGCGGUACUACUGUAAGCAUUAUUAACACGCGCUAUUCAAUAUUAUUCUUAUACAAUCUAGGGGUCAUUUGGUAGAGUGCAUUGAAAAACUAUUAGUAUCUUGUUUGGUAUAUUUUUUCAUUCUAUGUAUUACUAAUAUACUCUAUUGUGUAUUGAGGUGCAUACUACUAAUACCUCAGAAUCUAUGAUAUUAACAAUGCAACGGGUCCAAUGUAUUCAAUGUAUGCAUUAUCAUGAUUAAUGACACUAUUAUUCCUCAAAAAUUUUCCA